AUGGGAUUCUGGGAUUUCCCUUUCAUGCAAAAGGCGUUCCGGUUUGAACGACUAGUAGAUGGGGAUGUAAGUAGAAGGAAGAAGAAACCAUUUUGGUUAAAUCCGGUUUCUCACGGAUGCUAUACCAUCGACCGGUUAAGCUAUAUCGACCGUUCACCGAGUGCAGAUUCGGUUACAGUACAGAGAGAGCAACAGAGUGAAGAAGAGCUUGAAGUUUGGUUCUUUGCAGUGUCAGAUGCUGGAACUGGGAGAGAGAUUGUCAAGUAUAUGCAGAACCAUAUCUUCGAUAAUGAGCCUGGAGUUUUGAGAAAAUGUAAAGAGAUCAUGAGAAGAGCGUACGUUGAGGAAGAGAGAAGCAGUGGCUCAGCUGCUUCGGUGACGGUGGUGGACGGUGAAAAGCUAGCUAUGGCGAGUAUCGGCGACCAUAGAGUGGUGAUUUGCAGAGACAGUGAGGCUUAUCAACUCAGAGCUAAAUCAUCAACAAGAAAAUGGUCGGAUUUUGUUUUCCCAGUUUGUUACCAAGGAGAGACAGAUUAUGAAUCAGAUUCAAGAGAUUUAGAGCUUGCUUUGGUUACAGAGAAGAUUAGUUCAGAUACAGAGUUCAUCAUUAUUGGUAGCUCUGGGAUUUGGCAGGUGAUGAAAAAUCAAGAAGCUAUUAACCUAAUCAGGCAUAUGGAAGAUCCUCAAGAAGCUGCAAAAUGUUUAGCCAACGAAGCUUUAAACAGGAUUAGCAAAAGCGAAAUUUCUUGUAUCGUAAUUAGGUUUACAUAA